AUGUUGCAUUCCGAUCAAGUGACAUGGCCAAUUGAUCGAAAAAUCACUCGACAAAUCACACCACGUGAACAUCUCUCCGGCAAUUCGUUGGCAUUGUGGGAUUCGAAACCAAUUGGUAAAUCAAUAUUUCUUUAUUUAUGCCAACGUGAACAGUUGUCACCGCAACUAAUACUUGAAGAUAAAGUAUUUCGUUCGGCCAUACGUUUACAACAUGGAUCGACAUACCGAACUCAAUUGCAAUUCGUGGGAACAUUAAUUGUUGAUGAUGAAACACAACGAUUGACAUAUGUCGUCGAUCGAAUUCAAGUCAAUGAUUCGCCAAGAAAUGAAUCGACGAAUCAGCAGAUGUUGUUAUCGAAUAAACAACUGAAUGGAGAAUUUCUCAUUCCAAUUCGAUGUGAUAAUAAAACAUCGAUGACAGUUCAUACUGACAGUAAUCUAAUUCAAGAGGGCAUGAAAACAAUUGAUGCAUAUUGUCAUUCGUCGUUGCCGAUUGAACUGCAUCAGUUUUCAUUCCUUCAUGGUCAAAUGUCAUCGCGUUUGUCUCCAUCCAUCAAUGCUGAUCUUUCGUUUGAUCUUUUAACAAUUAAGAAUGGUUUUAAAUUGACACCGAUCAAUUCGGAAUCAAUCCAGAUCUUACCGACAGCUCUAUUAAAAAAUAUCAGUUCAUCGACAGGAAAUGGUGUUUACAUUAAUCAGCCACACUUUGGUUAUUGCGGCUUAGAUCGUGUAUCAGCAAACAAAAUUCUGCUGAUAUUAGAAAACGAUCCACAAGCAUGUGCAUUACCAUUAGUUGGAAUUUGGGUAUCAGGCAUUGUUGAUGUUCAAUGCACUUUUGUUUGGGCAGCAUGUCUCCGCUAUUGUCUGAAUUCGUCGCUUAAGCAACGUCUUCGUACAGGUGUCAAUACAGCUAAUACUACACAACAAUCAUUUUUAUUAGCGUGUUAUCCGUCGACAUCACGUGGCCAAUGUGAUUUUUAUGAAGUGAGCUCUAUGACGAUGAAUUCGACAUCACCAUCGUCAUUUAUUGUUGAUUAUGAUCUUUGGACAUGCACCAAAAAGAUCAUAAUGCCAAAUCCUCCUACAACGCAUUCGCAGGAUACGAGCGGAACAACACAUUUGCCAUAUGAUUUCGAGUUUAAACAUGUUCAUGAUGGUCCCAAAAUGCAUGCGUUGUUGGGAGCGCACACAGGAAAUAUCUCUCCGUUGUCUAUUCCACAUCCACCGAUUCGAUCAAUAGCAAACACGCAAUUACCAACAGAUAUAUCAUUUCUUUCCGCGGAAAUUCCCACCGAUGAUGACGACGACGACGAAGAGAAUGGCCAUGGAACUAUUCAUUCGAAUCGAGUUCAAGGACUACAAACCGAACAUCAUCAAACUAUGCUUUCGUCACCGAACACAAAUGGAAGCAUAUUCGGUGUCCCUCGCCUCCCACCUAAACAAUUCACCCAUCAAUCACCAUCAUGGGACACGAUUUCUCCACCAACGAUAACAACACCAAAGUGGAUUGCACCUGCACCGACAGUUAUUCCAACUUCCACUACUCCAGCACCUUCACAACCGCAGCCACUACCACCGUUACGAUUUUCAUCACCGGCUCCAUCGACAAUUGCACCAUCCACUGUGGCUGCUGAUGCACAGUGGAAAGAGGAAAUGUUGGAAAAAAUGCAAGCAUAUGAUGCUCAUAUUCAAUCUUUAAAUGCUCUCAUUGCACAACUCUUAGCGGCUCAACAGCAGCAACAACAUUCUUCGAUUUCAACGCCAACGAGAGAGAUCACCAAAUGUGAUGUUGCUGUGCAAAGUGAACCACCGUCGCCGUGCACAAGCGAUGUUGGAGAAUCAGCAUCCAUGAUCAAAAGUAAUCGAAAUAGUCCACCAUCACCAUCGCCACAAAUCGAUCAUCUUCAACGCUAUCAACAACAACAACAACAACAACAACAACACCAGACACCAGUCAUGAAUGCAACAACAAGACUAACAUCAUCACUGGCUCAAUUUCAAUCACCAGUGUCUGCUCCUGCUCCUCCUCCGCCGCCUCCAUCAGGACCGAUAGUUCGUCAACCUGAAUCUAUUAUUAAUUAUGCAUCCCUUCGAAAAUCAGCUGAUUGUGAACGGCCUAUCUUGGACAACACUCCAGUUCCAUAUCAAUCUAAACCUGUACGAACAAUCUCACCACCGCCUUCAUCCACUCCAGCCGAUUUGAAUCCGGUGGAUAUUCUCAAACCAUUUUUUCAAUUCAUGGCCAGUCAACAACAGAAACAGCAGCAGCAGCAACAACAUAUCCAAGAAUAUCAGAGACCGUCGUCGCCGUUAACAGUGACAGCAUCGAAAUCGUCCGAUACAUCAUUAAUGAAAAUGGGCGACGAAGAAAAUGGCCGUCAAAUAGAGAAAAUGUCUCAGUUAGCCAACGUUAUCCAACAGCAACAGCAACACGUGACAUCCACCACUACAACAGGAAUUAGUUUUAUUUCCAAUGGACUUCAAAUGCAAAUCAUCAAUCAACAAAGUAGUACAACUACUGUUUAUCCGCCCGCACUUCCAACAUCAUUACCACCCGCACCGACAUCAUCUUCGUCAGCACCCACACCAACAGCAGCUACUCCAUUGAAUGAUCUCAUUUCUCCAUCGCACCCUCAAUCGGAAACUGAUCUUUCGAUUGAAGUUCGUAGUUUACAAAUGAAAUAUCUCGACGAUGAUCAAUUAGCUAUUGCUAAUGAUUACGAUCACCAUUCCCCUGCACCGUCCAGUAUUCUAUCAUCUCAAUCACCACAGAUCUUUGACAAAAACAUGUCAUUUGCUACGCAAAAAUAUUUUCAAAAAUAUAACAUUCUCACAGGUUUCAAUCGUCAACAACAAUGUUAUUUAUCAUCUGAUGAAAAUGAUAUACUGAUAUCAUCUUCUCCACCACAGCAACGUAUGCUUCUACCAUUGCCUCAAGCAUCGCCGCCGCCACCUGUAUUUACUCAACCUCAACUUCCGCAUGCGCCUCAAGCCAAAAUACUCGAUUUGAGUCAAAUACGUAAAUUACCAAAACUACUUUAG